AUGUCGUGCACCGAUAAAGUGUGGCGGUGGUGUGUGCUGGGUGUGCAGGGUCGUCGCCGAGCUUCUCUUUUCCCUGUACCGAUGCGACUGGCUUCGAUACACAUUCUGCAUACCUCGUUUUCGGACUUGGGGGGCUUGCAGACAGCGGUGAACAAUGCGGCGGCCACGUUUCAGUGGCGAAAUCGCAGGUGGUGGUCUCACGGAGAGAGAGAGGUGGCGUUGCCGCAGGAACCGAAGUUUUCCUUCUUUAGCGGCGCCGAGUUUGCCGCUACACGUCCGAUGACAGCCGCGAAGUCGCACGAUGUCGGUGUCUCCAAUGACAGCGGCUACUCGCGUAGUCGAUGGCUGUGCGUCAGUUCUUUGGUGGGUGAUCGAAAGCGUAGUCGUGACGAGGAGGCGGAGGCGUCAGCUUUCGGCAGUGUUACGUGCAGCUGGCCGUAUCCCCUUACUGCAGGCGACCAUAGCUGCUCUCUCGUCCUUAACACGAAGGCUGGGCUCCCCCAGGGAAUGACAGGGCGCGCGCUAGUGCGACGCUGCAGCACAUUGUCGGAGAUACCAUGGCAGCAGUGUCCCCUCUCCCGUCCAUGGAUGAACCAUCGUGUACAGCUGCUACUGGGGCUCGGCAAAGAAACUGCUCUGGUCUGCCCCUCCAUGGCGACGAAUGCGGCUUCGGCAUCGUAUGCACCGGCUUCGAUUUACGAACGUAGCUUUCCCACGAUCACGGAUGACACCGAUCUUUCCAUGAGCCAGCGGGUGCAUCGGUACCACCUGCAGCGCUCGGGCACUGACGGGGACUCCAUACGACUUCUCUGGGCAUCAUCACUGAUCAAUUUUGAUCAUCUACUCGAAGCUGCUGAGGGCUGCAAAGGUACGCCAUGA